UUCCCGCGCUAGACGCAUCGAGAGAGCACCUUCCUCACCCGUCCUUCUUCUCGCCAUUUCCAGCCUUUUUAGCGGAGAUCAAACGCCCAAGAAUUGCCAAGAAUUUCAAAGAUGCCUUCCUCGAAGUGCGUCGAAUGCCUCCACGGCAAGCGGAAGCUCGAGCGGGAGCAACGUAACGCAGUUGGAAGCCAAGUGAAGCGCCGGAGAGGGGGUUCCCCAGUGGCGCCCUUUGUCCUCCUCCCUUUCGUAUGCGAAGACUGCAUCCAGAGGUACUCCUCAGGCUGUAGCUACUGCGCGGAGGAAAAGGGGGAGAGUGACGAAUUUGCCAAGCGAACGACCCAUGAGGAGGGGGAGGCGCGAGGGACGACCACGGAGCUGCAGGUGAAGGCUGGUCAGGGAGUCAAGGGCCAGCCCGAGGACGUGAAGGGAGUCAAGGGCCAGGCUGAGGACGUGAAGGGAGUCAAGGGCCAGGCUGAGGACGUGAAGGGAGUCAAGGGCCAGGCCGGGGACGUGAAAGGAGUCAAGGGCCAGGCCGGGGACGUGAAGGGAGUCAAGGGCCAGGCCGGGGACGUGAUGGGGGUCAAGAGCCAAGUCAAGGUCAGGGUGCUGUUUGCGGACCAAGAACCUGCUACCCCUCGGGGGAAAGGGGAUAAGCGUCAUAAAGACGUUGAGGAUUAUUCUCAGGAACCUCUGAUUGACGCGAAAGAAAGCGCAACAGUCAUGCAGGUAAUCAGUGAUUUCCUUUGGGGCAAGUCCAAAGAGGAGGCUCCUGAACUGAGAGGCAAAGAGUCGGUUGAGCUCCCAAAACACCAGGGGGAGCUGGCUGCUACUUCUUCGGGGGUCUUUGGAGCAAAUCCCGAACUGCCGAAGCUAAACGUCUUGAGUCUCGCUUGUGGUACGAAACUGACGUUUAUCAGGGACACUAUUUGCCCCGAAUACUCCGAGAAAACUCUCCCUAGUUCGCUGUACCUCUCAUCCUCCAUGGAGGGGACGCAGGUGAUGACAAAGAUCGACCUCGAUCCGGACGUGGCCUUUGGACCUCUGGUGGGACUCCUCGCCUUUGAUAAGGGCAAGCCCGGCGUAGGCAGGGACGUGGACGGCGAUGGGAGCUCGAAGAACUGGAUGCACUUCGUGAGGAUGACCUCCAACAAGUCCCUUGCCAAUCUCCGGCUCUGCUUAAUUAAAGGGAGAGUCUAUUUCCGAGUCACCCGACCCAUCGAAAGGGAUUCAGAAUUGCUGCUGUAACCCAAAGAUCAUUGAAAAUUGUGGACGCAACCAGGCUUCAGGUGAAGUGCACGGACGCUUGCUUUAAUACUGUGUACACACACAAAUACAAACAUAUACACGCGCACAUGCACACGCGCACGCACACACAACACAUGCGCACAA